CAACAACGACACAGUCUAUUCAAUCCACAACAGAAUCAUCAACAACACCUACACAAAAUACAGCAUCUUUGUCUUUAACAACAGAACAACCCACAGCAACAACUACAACAAUACAAACACCACUACCUAGGCCAACAACGAUCACAACACAAACUGUUUCCACAGCUGCACCAACACAAUCUGUUCCACUCACAAUACGAUCAUUAACACCAACACAAAGCACAGCAUCCACGGUUUCACCAGCACACAGACCAACCCAGAUUACAACUGCGACCACACAGUCAACAACUUCAGUAGAAGCUGCACUAUCCGUAACAGCUCAAUCAUUGACUUCACAAACAUCAGCAUCAUUAACAACAGAACAACCCACAACUGCAAUGCACACUGCUGAACCAACAGCAAUGCACAACAUAUCAACACCUAGUGGAUCAGUUACAACAACAACAACAACACAAACUACAUCAAAUAUGCAAACAACCUUCACAACACAAAGUGUUUCCACGGCUGCAACGUCACAGACUGUUCUGCUCACAGUCGAACCAUCAACAACAUCAACAACACAAAGUACAACAUCUGAGUCAACACAACCAGCCACAUUACAAAGACCAACUCAAAGCACAGCUGUAACUACAAAAUCAUCAACUUCAGUAGAAACGUCACCAUCUUCUACAACCAAAUCAGUGACUUCACAAACGUCAACAUCAGCAUCAUUAACAACAGAACAACCCACAGCUGCAAUGCACACUGCUGAACCAACAGCAAUUAACAGCACAUCAACACAUAGUGGAUCAGUGACUACAAUGUCAACAACUACGCCAUCAGUGGCAACAGCAUUUACAACACAAACUAGAGGAUCUGUGGAAACAGUGUCCACAACAACAACAACAACACAAUCUAUUCCAUCCACGGUAGAAACAUCAACAACACUGACACAAACUACACCAUCUGUGGUUUCACCACAACAAAGACCAACACAAACCACAGCUGUAACCACACAAUCAGCACAAACUACAACAUCUGUAACAACAGAAUCAACCAUGUCACAAUCAUUGGCAUCAUUAACAACAGAACAACCCACAUCACAACAAACUGUUGAAUCUACAACAAUUCACAACCCAUCAACACAGAGUGGAUCAGUGACUACAACAACACAACCUACACAGUCUACGCCAACAGAAUUCACAACACAAACUGUGCCCACAACUACACAAACACAAUCUGUUUCGCUCACAAUAGAAUCAACAACAUCAACACAAACUACAUCAUCUGUGGUUUCACCAACACAAAGACCAACACAGAUUACAGCAACCACACAAUCAGCACAACGUACAGCAUCUGAAACAACAGAAUCAGCCACGUUACAAACAGCAUCCACAACAGCAACAGCAUAUACAGAACAAACUAGGGGAUCUGUAGAAACAGUGUCCACAACAACACCAACACAGUCUAUUCCACUCACAGUAGAAUCAUCAGCAACACCGACACAAGUUACAGCAUCCAGUGAUUUACCACCACAAAGACCAACAGAAAUGACAGUUGUAACAUCACAAUCAGCAACACAAUCUAUUUCACCCACAACUACUAUCCACGUAUCUACAAGUAGUUUUACAUCUACACAGACGGCAGUGUCUACAGUAUCCACAACAGAAGCAACUGUAACAACAUUACAACCCACUUCAUCUGUAACAACAUUGCCACAAGCUACCGCUAAGCAAACAACAGUAAGAGGGGUGACACAAAUUACAACUGCCAACACACAAUCGGCAACUCCACGACAACAUACAACACAUGUAACAACAGAUUCAGUCACUUCAGCAACACCUACCUUAGCAUCAUUAACAACAGCACUACCAACAGCCGAAAGCCCUCGAUCAACAACAGUUCACAGCACAAUACCAACACACCAGGGAUCAGUCACUACUCAAACACAAAAAACAUCAACACAAAAUAGAGGAACUUUGGAAACCAUGUUCACAGCAACACCAACAGAGCUAAUUUCACCCACCAUAAAAUCACCCAGUACACUGAUACAAACUACACCGUCUUUGGCAACACCACUACAAAGAUCAACACAGACUGCAGUCAUAACCACACCAGCAACAACUCAAGUAGAAGCUACAGCAUCUGAAACGACAAGUGUGUCAAGAACAAUUCACACAACUCCAUUACACAGUACACCUUUAAUAAGCAGAGAAACAUCUAUUCCAAGACACAUGACAGAUUCUGUCACAACAACAACACAAACUACCACAGUAAUGGCACCUGAAUCUACAGCCCAUGGUUUACCUACUCCAGCAACAACAGCAACAGACUCUUCGUCAACACACCUGCCAACACUGUCUACAGUGACUCAACCUAAAGCAUCCACAACACCUUUGAGUGAGACGACUAAGCAACCAAGAACAUCUCCAAAAUCUACAAUCAGCACCCCUCCACAGAGUUCAGCCUCUCUCAUCACACUCAGUCCAUCACUAAGUAGCUCUUCAGGAACCUUGACUACAUCCAUGAAUACACAAAAUGGUGGACGUUCAUCAGUCCCUCCCAACACAUUCACCAAACUGCCAGCUGAUACGUCAGCAUUACAAAGUACAAUACAAUCAACAGGCAUACCCUCUGCUUCACAACCGCAAAGUGUCUCACUGGUCCCCAGUGAAGCACCUUCCAGCACUGCAUCUACAAACCCAACCCCCCAACUAUCUAACUCAACAGCAGGAUCGAUGAACUCACCUCAGACUGCCAGGACAACAAAUGUGGAAACAACUGUGACAACUGCAACUCCAACAAACAUGUCAACGGCUGUCCCUGCAACUGUGCCAUCCAGCUCUAUGUCAUCAUCUGAACUUGUGUCUCAAACCACAUCAUCUGACUCCCAAAAACCUGUGACAUCAACGACAUUUAUCUCAGAUGCAUCAACCCUAAAUCCUGCCAAAGCCAACACGACACAGCAGCAAGUUGAUCCUACUGCUCUUCCCUUAACCAGAGGAAAUACAGUGUUUUUCAAAUAUAGCCCCAAAAUUGCUUCUGUGAGGCCCCUUGCCUUUGAUUACCCAACUGUGAUCUGGACCACAUUUCCAGUUUCGAAUGCCACGGAUGCAGACUCUGAGGAGCAACACGAGCCCGAUCAGAGCAACACAAGUGAGAUUACCACAUUGCCACCAGAGGUGUGAAAAAGACACUGGGAGCUGGAAAUCCUCAUUUUGAGUCUGGUCCUAGACCUAACGUCAGUUUCUAACACUGAGUGUUAGUUUUCUUAGCAGACCAUUGACUAUGUGCAGCCAUCUGUUACAUGGCUUCAGUGGUAACUGUGAAGUAAGACAGUGUGCAGCCACAAAUAGAUAUAUCACUCAGCUACCAGUGCCAUGCAUGAUAACAACAAGGUCUGUUAAUGUAAGGCAGGCACUGAAAGAUGUCCACAGAGUUUCUUCCUACAUAUUUGUGCUGGUUGGGCAGGUGACACACCCCAUCUCUCUUCUGUCUGUGUGUCCUUUUCAAACAUGCAAGCAAGUCUUACCUUUAAAAAUACUAUUCUAAGAAAAAAAAGAAAAAAAGUCAAUAACAAAUCUAACACGUGAUUGUAAAUGUAAAGUGUUUUUUUUUUGUUUCAGAGUUUAUUUCUUUAUAUUUAUUUGUUUUUGUUAGUCUUUGUUUCUGGGUUCCAUUGCCAUUUAUUUUCCAUUUCAAGUAAGGUUGUCAUUAUUUUUUUAAGGUGUGAUAUUUUUGAAGGCCAUUAGGAUUCUCUCUGUAUCUAAAUGAUAUACAUAGGUCUAACUUAACCGCAGAGGAGAUUUGCCUUCACCUGUGUUACUUCACUAUUAAAUUUGAUGUAACUUGAUUUUUCCUACAUGUUUGAUUUUGUUUUGCUCUGAUGUUUUGGUGUCCUUUUGUGAUCUUAUCCACCUGCACAAUUUGUGCUCAUUUUUAUUUCUCUGUUCAUCCUAUUGUUUUUAUACUCCCAAUCUCCUGAAACCAAUACUGCUGUUGUUUAGGACACUGCAAUUAUGCAUUUGCAAUUUCAUGUAAUAAACAUUCUCAAAAUGCCACCUGCAAUUAUCAGAAAGUACUCCCAAAAAGCUACACAUAGCUGGAGUCUGGUUACUAGGGUAAGAUUGAAUAUACGUCAUACUGUUUGAUAUGUAUAAUCAUAUUGACCUGGGCCGGGUUAGACGUUUGCUUUGAGGGAUCCUUCAUGAAGUUUUGUUAAAGUCACAGGAACUGUACGUAUGUUGCAGUAAUCUCCACCCGCCAGUGAGGAAUUUUACUAUCUGUGAAUGUCAGUCAGUACACAGCAUGAAUCAAUGCUAAAUUUGACUUCUAUGCUUUGGUCAGAGAUAUGACGUUGUUGCCUUGCCUUUGUAAUCUUUCACUAUCAUGUUUUUCACCUGACUUUUAAUGAACUUUGAAUGAGCACAGAAACUCCCGCUCCUACUGAAAAUAUACAAAUUCCCAAAGUUCAUGUCAAAAUUAUUUUUAACAGUAGCUAUCUUCAGAGUAUUAUAUUAAAUUUAGUAAUCAUCUUGCAGCUCUACCUGUGUAAGAUACAUGAUAAUGACAUCCUGUUGGGUCACUUGAAUGGAAUGCAUAAACAAAAGUGCUCAGGAUUGUCUGGUGGCUGAACCAUGACAGUGACAAUCAAUCUGAAGCAGUGCGGGUAGUUUUUUUUUCCCCCUUUACUUCCUUCAUUUUAUCCCCCAUGUUGCAACACACAACCUUUUACUUUGCAGCAACAUAUAUAAGAGCUGAACAAACAGGUGGCAUCACUAGAGAUGUGCACCAGGGCAGACUAAAUAACGAGUGUCUGAAUCAGUUUUAGAAUAAUGCAGAUCUAAAAAAUAUUAUUCAUAAAUUGUGACUAUUUU